GGUGUGACCGGCCGGCGCCGGGAGAGGAGGCGGAGGAGGGAAGAGAAAAGAAGAGGGGGGAGAAGCCCCCGCUCGUACAAAAACCUCCGGGCGGAAGGGGCGAGUCCGUGGCGCGAGGUGGCAGCCAUGCCCCCGAGGAAGGCCCCGGCCAAGCGGCGCAGCACCGACUCGGGCGUGGAGCGCGACCGCGGGGCCGUUUCUCAGGAGAAGAAGGAUCAGCGCAUCGCGCUCUUCCUCAGCGACUUCGACCAGCAGGCCAAGGAAAGCGUCCGGGAAAUGAAGAAAGAACUCGAUUUGCUCUUGCAAAUGGCUGAGAAAGCGUUCAUGGUGGAACUGCUGAAGAUGCCGACUGCCAUCAGAAAGAUGAAAAGGAAGGACUUGCUUAAUUUGCAAGAAGGGGAGGAAGUGGCCCUUGCUGCAGCAGCGACCGACUGUGCUCUAGAAGAUUUACCAAACCCAAAAGUGACAAGGACCAACAGCAAAAAAGUUAAGGUAACUACAAUUGUUGAAUAUGAAGAUGCCAAGUAUACAUCUGCAAAGAAAAUACCUAAAAAGGUAACCAAAUCAAAGUCGCUGGUUUCAUUGAGCUCUGGUUUAAACAGCAAGCUGCACAGUCUUUCAAGGUCUGUUUACUCUUCCACAAGUGUAAAUGAAGCUGUUAAGUCUUUUGCCUCUGACUGCAGUGCCACAAAUUUCAAAGCCACGCCAAAAGUAUCAAAAAGUGCUGGACUACAACAAGCUGUCUCAAGAACUGUACCUACCAGCGAAAGAGUUCAAGGCAUGACACUAAGAAGUAAAUCAGUACCCCAAAAUAAAACAGUCCCAUUUGUAAACAUUCCCUUGGCUGAUGGACAGACACUCUGUAUGGCUGGUGGAGACCUCCGUAACAUUGAUGUUCAACUACUCAAUCAAGAUACAGUACAGCACAUUCAUAACCUAGCGAGUGAGCUGACUGUAUUAUAUGGAAAGGCUACUGCUAAAUCAAGUUAACUGAACUGUCCUGUGACAACAGAAUAUUCAUGACUGCUCUUCCUCCUCUAAAGCAUUCAGAGAAUAUCUACCAUGUCUUAAUAAAGCUGUGUACUGCCAAAUAAAUAUUUUUUUACAUAAAAGCUUAAAA